CUGGCGGCCACUACGCCGACGCCAAGUACAAAUAAAGACGAUGGGAAAAAAAAAAAAAAAAAAAGCAAAAAAAAAGAAAACUGCAUUUGAGGCAAAGCGUGCGGUGCGUGUAUGUAAUGUAGUAGUGAUGAAGACGUAGUGUGUCGGGACAGCCCCUAUAUUUGUCCUCCAUCAUCAUAUUGGAUGAUAUUGUUCCUCUGCUGCCCCCCCGUCCAUCCCGCCGUACUUGUCAAGUGAACAUGGCGACCGCACCAGUCUAUUGCGUCUGCAGACUGCCUUACGACGUCAACCAGUUCAUGAUCGAGUGCGACGCCUGCAAGGAUUGGUUCCACGGCGGUUGUGUUGGUGUGGAUGAGGAUGACGCCCCAGACAUUGACAUAUACCAUUGUCCAAACUGCGAGAAGAUUCACGGCAAAUCCACAUUGAAAAAGAAAAAGAAUUGGAGUAAACACGACACUGGGCAAAGCACGGAUAUCCGUGCAGUUCAGAAUGGCAGUCAAGUUUUCAUCAAGGAGCUCAGGAGUAGAACAUUUCCAAGUGCGGAUGACAUUGUGGUGAAACUCAGCGGCAGUCAGCUGACGCUGGACUACCUCGAGGAGAACGGCUUUGAGGAGCCGGUCCUGGUUCAGAAGAAAGAUGGUCUGGGCAUGUCAAUGCCUCCCCCCACCUUCUACAUCAGUGAUGUAGAAAAUUAUGUUGGCCCCGAUGUUGGCGUCGAUGUUGUUGACGUCACAAAACAAACUGAUAGCAAGAUGAAGCUGAAGGAGUUUGUUGAUUAUUACUACAGCACAAACAGAAAAAAAGUAUUGAACGUCAUCAAUUUGGAGUUCUCUGACUCGAGGAUGAACAGUAUUGUGGAGAGUCCUCAAAUCGUGCGGAGGUUGUCUUGGGCAGAAAACUACUGGCCUGACGACGCUUUGCUUGGGAAGCCAAAAGUCACGAAAUACUGCCUGAUCUGCGUGAAAGACAGCUACACAGACUUCCACAUUGAGUGCGGCGGUGCCUCGGUCUGGUAUCACGUAUUAAAGGGGGAGAAGAUCUUCUUUCUCAUCAAGCCCACUUCUGCCAACCUGUCGCUUUUCGAGCGCUGGAGGUCGUCGUCCAGUCACGGUGAAAUGUUUUUUGCCGACCAGGUGGACAAGUGUUACAAAUGCCCUCUCAAGCAAGGACAGACGUUGCUCAUUCCCUCAGGUUGGAUCAACGCAAUACUGACGCCGGUUGACUGCUUGGCAUUCUCUGGCCAUUUUGUCCACAACCUGAGUGUCGAGAUGCAAAUGAGAGCGUACGAAAUUGAGAAGCGGCUCAAGGUGAAAACACUCAACCCCUUCCCCAACUUUGAGACCGCAUGCUGGUAUGUGGGACGCCAUCUCCUUGAGCGAUUCAAAGGUUUACAUAAAGCAAAUAAACAGCCUGCGCCGUACCUGAUCCAUGGGGCAAAAAUCAUCAAUGGAGCCUUCAGGUCAUGGACUAAAAAACAGGCUCUCUUAGAACAUGAAGAUGAGCUUCCAGAGAACAUGAAACCGUCGCAGCUCAUUAAGGAUCUUGCCAGAGAGAUUAGACUGUCAGAGAAUGCAACAAAAGCCAUUAAAUGUGAACCCGAUUUUAAACUGCCAGUAGAUGAGCCACUAUCCCCCCAUUCUGACCCCGAAGAGCCGGUCUCGCCGGCCGAGGUCCCCUCACCAAGCAGCGACAUAGCCAGAAAGAAAGCUUCCAAACCUCCGAAACCUCCGAGGCCACCAAGCCUCUUAAAGAUGCCCAAGGCUCCUAAACCUCCCAAAAUGUCCAAGGUCAAAGAUGGAGGUAAAAAGAAAAUCAAAAAUCUCAAAGAUUCACCACCUCCACCUAAACCCUCCAGUUUCGCAGCUUUGGAGUCCCAUGCUAAGGACAUCUUGAGUAAGAUGGAGCAGCCCAAGAAGGUAAAGGCUGUGAAGAAUAUUCUGACUCUGUCAGAAAAGGAAACAUUUCAGCAAAAUAAUGUGGAAAAGUUUGAAAUCAGGGAGCAGAACAAAAACAAGACAGAAGCAAAAUGGAAGUAUAAGAACAGUAAACCAGACUCUCUGCUGAAAAUGGAAGAGGAGUGCAAAUUCGACAGGAUGUCACUGCUGGGCAAUAAAGACAAAGUCAGCUUCACAAUGGCACGCAAGAAAAUCCUGGGGGUCAAGACACUAAAACCUCAGACUAACACAAGUCAUUUUGGGGCAUUACAAAACCUAAAAGAGGACAAACCUAAGCCGGUGAGAGAUGAGUAUGAAUACGUCUCAGAUGAGGGAGAACUGAAGAUUGACGAAUUCCCCAUCAGACGGAAAAAGAAUGCCGUAAAGAGAGAUCUCUCCUUUUUGUCAGAAAUCCGAGAACCAAUUCAGCCAGCCAAAAAACCAAAGUUCCAGCCCUUGGUGACAAAGGGUGCUGAUUCCUCAGACGAAGAAACGCUGCAUAUAGACACAGAAGCCAAGCCUGAGACGAAAUGUCGCAACUCUAAGGCCAAAAAAAAAGGUGGCAGCGCUGCUGGCAUUCUUGACUUGCUGCAGGCCAGCAAGCAAGUGGGCGGGAUUGACUACAGCACCAACAGUCAGCCACCUGCAUCCCCCAGCACACAGGAGGCCAUCCAGGGCAUGCUGUCCAUGGCCAACCUAUCAUCGUCAGACAGCUUGCAGCAGCCAUGGGGCAACAAUCAGUCCCGAAACAAUAGUCAGUCAAAGAACAUCUUGCACAGCUUUCAGACCAGCAAGAAGACCAGCGGAGGAAUCAGCACGGCUGGUAGCAGUAACAGCAAGCAACCGACAAAACGCCUCUUUAAGAAACCGCAGAGAAGCAGCAGUAUUGAGAGUCUUGAUUACGAUGAUGACCAGGAUCACAUGGAUGCAUGCUUUAAAGACUCGGAUUAUGUGUAUCCAUCACUGGAGUCUGAGGAAGAUAAUCCAGUUUUCAAAUCCAGAUCGAAAAAACGGAAAAGCAGCGACGACAUUCCAUACAGCCCAACAGCCCGUGUCGGACCCUCGGUUCCUCGACAGGAAAGACCUGCAAGAGACGGAGCCCGAGUAGCCUCCAUAGAAACAGGCCUGGCUGCUGCUGCAGCAAAGCUAUCUCAUCAGGAGGAGCAACAAAAGACGAAGAAGAAAAAAAUGACCAAAAGGAAGAUAAUGAUAGAGGAACCGCUAAGGAUGUCUCAGGAUAGUAGCUCGCCAGACCACAAUGCGGACUCGCACGAUGGCAGCCUCACAGAUCACGAGUUCAACACUGGAGCAGUCAAGUCCCCAGUGGGGUCGCAGCCAAUGGCACCAGGGGUUUUCCUAAGCCAAAGGCGACCGUCCAUGUCUUCUCCGAACAGCAACACCACGAGCACCAACAGCAACACGAUGGCGAAGGGCGAGCGUGGAACUUCUGCAGACGCCAAAGCAAAGAGGCUAAAGAAAGGCAUGGCCACAGCAAAACAGAGACUUGGAAAGAUCUUAAAGAUUCAUCGAAAUGGAAAACUCCUCCUGUAGCAUGAAGCGAACUGUUGGACUGGCAAGUCCUGGACCUCUUUUCAGGAUUCAAGACAACAGAGAGCAUACUUUUUUUUUCUUUUCUUUUUUUUCGAUUUCCAAGACCAACAUCACGCAAAUAGGUUUUUGCCUCCCUUUGAACUUUUUCAGCUAUUAAAGUGUACAUAAAUUACUAUAAAUAUUUUUAAUAGAACAUGUUUCAUUGUACCACAUCCGUUUGUCAGGGAAAGGCUAAAACACGAAGCAGUCAUUCCAAGAGUUCACAAAGUAUCUUUGCAUGUAUACUCACCUGCAUGUGUGCUUUAUGGAACAAUUGUGCCAGGUGCAGAGGAUCUUGGCCAGGAUCUGACUGAUCGUCAACAAGUGGAACAAGUUUGGCACAUGGACACACUUUUCCAGUCAUCCUUUUGUGUUAGAGUUGAGUUUGCAAAGCACUAUCACGGUCCAUCUUUAUUUAUUUUUCCACUGUAUCAACGGGGAGAAGACGUGAGGAAACCUGUAAAGCACAAAGUGAAAGAGGAGUAUUGACGUCAUCAUGGCACUAGCUACUGUUGAUUACAGUGCUGUGCGGCAGAAAAAGAAAGACAUAGGAUUUUGAAAUUGGCCUCAUCCCCGCCUGCAAGUACGUGGGUGAUACUUUCUUUACUUCUUUUGCUUUCACAGGCAGCAGCCAAAUCCUAAAGCCAUCUGCAUUUCUACGACUUUUUACACAAUAGAGAAUGUAGCUUGUACACAGCCUUUCAAUCAUGCAUUUUAUAUUCUUUUCUUUCACCUUUUCAUAUAUAUGUAUAUAUAUUUUUAUACACAUAUAUAUGUAUAUGUGUGUGUGUGUGUGUGUGUGUAUGUAUGUAUGUAUGAAUGUGUGUGUGUAUGUAUAUGUGUCUAUAUAUAUAACUGUGUUUGUGUGUGUAUGUAUAUAUAUAUAUAUAUAUAUAUAUAUAUAUAUACACACAUAUAUACUGUAUGUUUGUAUAUAUAUGUUUGUGUGUACGUAUGUUUUUUGUGUGUAUAUAUAGAACCGUUUCUGUGUGUGUAUGUGUGUAUGUAUAUAUAUAUGUAUUACUAUGUUUGUGUGUGUGAAUAAUUAUAUAUACUGUACACACAGAGAGUAUAUGCAGUAUGCAGUAUGUGUGUAUACAUACAAUGUGUAUGUAAAUAUAUAUAUAUACAUAUCGAUUUACAUAUAUGUAUAUAUGUGUGUGUAUAUAUAUAUAUGUAUACAUAUAUAUAUAUACACACACACACACAGGCUAUCUCAAAGGUAUGCACAUAAAUAUACAGUAGAUAUAAUACACACAUUAUAUAAUUAUUAACCAACUAAUAAUAAAUAAUAAUGUCAAUCAUUACAUGUUAAGCUAAAACAUACAUUUAAUAACUUAUUAUAUAAUUGAUCAAUAAAAUUGUUCAUUUAUGUAAUAUAUAAAAACAACAUUCAGCCUUAUUAAUUAUAUAAUGUACACUAUUUUUACCUAUGUGGCCAGACUUUAUGGUUUUAUAUAUAUAUUUAUAUAUAUACUUGGAGAGCAUCCAGAAAGUAUUAUCAGCGCUUCACCCCCAUUUUUUUGUUACAUCACAGCCUUGUUCCAAAAUGUAUCGUUCGUUUCUUUUUUGCCUUAAAACUACGCACAUAACGUUAAAAAAAAGGGCCAUUUUUGCCACUGUAGUGUGAGUAAAAAAAAAAAUAGCAACAUAUCACAUAAUUAUUUACAGCAUUUGCAAUGAAGUUGAAAAAGUACUUUUGAUUAGACUUUGAUUUGCAAACACCUGUCUGCAGGUGAGCAGAAACCAAUAUUAUGCUGAAUUGAAAGGGCAAGAAAUACAUUUCCCCUAUUUUGGAAUAGAGCUGUAACAUAAUUAAGUGCGGAACAAAAGGAACACAGUGUGUGUAUGUGUGUGUGUGUGUGUGUGUGUGUGUGUGUUCGUGUUGGGAUUCCUGGUGUUGCCUGGAAAACAAGAGAAAAAAAAAAGCUUAAUUUUAAGUUGUUUUAUGGCCUUACAUGCUUUGUGUUUGAACAAGAGAUGGAGCUUUGAGGAGAACCUAUAUUACCAAAAGGUCUUAAAGUUUCUAUGACCAGCCUCUUGUUCAACUUGUAGUGUCCAGGAGGAUUUGAGAAUGACUUUAUUAGCACCUUGUGAAGUGUUUCCGUGUCCGUGAUGUAAUUUAUUAAUGUUUGUAGCUUUUUAUACUUAACGAUUGAAGAGUAUUUGUUUUUUUUCUAACGUUUCAUCAGCUGGUGGAAUCCCCCUUUUUGAAGUUGUCCUGACACCACAAGCGUAUGUUUCUUUCUUUCUUCCGCCCUGUCUCGCUACCGACGCCACGUUAUUACGUUGCAAUACUUCAAAAACGCGGGGCUUUGUUACCGUCAGCACAGUUGAUCAUGUCAUGUUCGAGUAUCGUCCUUUAUUUUGACGUUCCAUCUAUGAAACGUUGGCCGUGACGGGGCAGCCAAUGCCAUCUGUUGUAGCCGUCUUCCCUUACUGUUAUUUACAGUAGUAGUAUUUACAAAUCCUUUUCAACCUGAAUAUAUAUUUUUCUGUAUUUAGACGAUUUUUUUGGAGAUCAUGUCUGGCUUUUUUAAAGAUGUUUCAUUCAGAGGAACAAACAUAUUGUCUUUGAAUGAUAUGCUUGUCCGCUUUGUUUACAUUUGCAAUACAGUUACCGUGGAUAACC